GAUUGCAAUCUCGCUUGUUUUGCGAAGUGGUCAUUAUGUGAGAUAUCUCAUGAUGGCUUUGCUCAAAAAUUGUAAUUCUGUGCUCACUGUUGCGGUUUAAGUGAUUUCAUUGGUCAUUAAGUGCACAGAAUCCCAAUGGAUAAGAGAUUGUGACCAAAGAUUUACCUGCAAGACAACAAUCAACAGGCAGUAGAUACUUAGGGCAAGGCAGAAGCUGCCAGAAAGGAUGGAGCCUGAGAAGCUCUUGGAUCCCCCAUCAGACCCAAGCAGCGCUUCAAAAAAAUCCAAAAAAAUGCAUAAAUGCUCAGAGUGUGGGAAAUCCUUUGCUGGCCAGUCCCUCCUUUUGACCCACAGGAAGGUCCAUGUGGGAAGUGGAUCCAGUCAAGGUUUGGAGGGUGAGAAAUCCUUCUCUGGAAAAGACGCCGAAGAUCCCCCUUCACUAAAACCCUAUAAAUGUGAUGAAUGUGACUUAUGCUUUGGUCGAUCAUCAUACCUCCUUACACAUCAGAAAAUCCACACUGGAGAGAAACCUUAUCAAUGUCUGGAAUGUGGGACAUUUUUCCGUGAAAAAGCCACCCUCAGAAAGCACGAGAGGACUCAUACGGGGGAGAAACCUUUCAGCUGUGGGCAAUGUGGAAAGAGCUUUUCCCAGAAGAUCAAUCUUUGUGUCCAUGAGCAGAUUCACGCGGGAAUCAAACCUCACAAAUGCUUAGAGUGUGGAAAAUGUUUCACCCAGAUUUCAUCUCUUCGGAGUCACGAGAAAACACACCGAGGGGAGAAAAACGAAAAGUGCCUUGAAUGUGGGAAAUGUUUUAUCUUGAAAUCAAACCUGUUGCAACAUCAGAGACUUCACACUGGAAUGAGACCCUAUGAAUGCCCAGAAUGUGAGAAACGAUUUCUGACUUCUUCUGAUCUUCGGAAACACCAGAUAGGGCACAAAGAGGAGAAACCCUAUAAAUGUGGGGAGUGUGGGAAAGGUUUUCUCGAGCGAAGGAAGCUUCAGAGUCACGAGAGAAUCCACACAGGGGAGAAGCCAUUCAAAUGUCUGGAGUGUGAGAUGUGCUUUUCCGAUAAAUACAACCUUGCAAGGCAUCAGAGGGUCCACACAGGAGAGAAGCCCUACAAAUGCGGAGAAUGUGGAAAAUGUUUUGCUCAGAAGGGAUACCUUUCAAUCCAUUAUAAAACCCACACAGAGGAGAAGCCCUUUCAGUGCAAUGAGUGUGGACAAUUUUAUCGUACCCUAACAACCCUUAGAAAACAUGCAAAACUUCACACAGGGAACAAAAUUUCAAAUGGUAUACUUAGGGCAAGGCAGAAGCUGCCAGAAAGGAUGGAGCCUGGGAAACUCUUGGAUCCCCCAUCAGACCCAAGCAGCGCUUCGAAAAAGUCCAAAAAAAUGCAUGAAUGCUCAGAGUGUGGGAAAUCCUUUGCUGGCCGGUCCCUCCUUUUGACCCACAGGAAGGUCCAUGUGGGAAGUGGAUCCAGUCAAGGUUUGGAGGGUGAGAAAUCCUUCUCUGGAAAAGACGCCGAAGAUCUCAGGAGCCCCCCUUCACUAAAACCCUAUAAGUGUGGUGAAUGCGAUUUAUGCUUUGGUCGAUCGUCACACCUUCUUACACAUCAGAAAAUCCACAAUGGAGAGAAACCUUAUCAUUGUCUGGAAUGCGGGACAUUUUUCCGUGAAAAAGCCACCCUCAGAAAGCACGAGAGGACUCACACGGGGGAGAAACCUUUCAGCUGUGGGCAAUGUGGGAAGAGCUUUUCCCAGAAGACAAACCUUUGUGUCCAUGAGCAGAUCCACGCAGGAAUCAAACCUCACAAAUGCUUGGAGUGUGGAAAACAGUUCACACAGAGUUCCUCUCUUUGGAAACACGAGAAAACACACCGAGGGGAGAAAAAUGAAAAGUGUCUCGAAUGCGGGAAGUGUUUUAUCUUAAAAUCAAACCUGUUGCAACAUCAGAGACUUCACACCGGGGAGAGACCCUAUCAAUGUUCAGAAUGUGAGACACGAUUUCUGACUUCUUCUGAUCUUCGGAAACAUCAGAAAGGGCACAGAGAUGAGAAACCCUAUAAAUGUGGGGCUUGUGGGAAAGGUUUUCUUGAACUAAGGAAGCUUCAGAGUCAUGAGAGAAUCCACACAGGGGAGAAGCCAUUCAAAUGCCUGGAGUGUGGGAGGUGCUUUUCCCAAAAACAUCAUCUUGCAAGGCAUCAGAGGGUCCACACAGGAGAGAAGCCCUACAAAUGCGGAGAAUGUGGAAAAUAUUUUGCUCAGAAGGGAUACCUUUCAAUCCAUUAUAAAACCCACACAGAGGAGAAGCCCUUUCAGUGCAAUGAGUGUGGACAAUUUUAUCGUACCCUAACAACCCUUAGAAAACAUGCAAAACUUCACACAGGGAACAAAAUUUCAAAUGGUUAGAGUGUGGGAGAACAUUUUGCUCAUUCAUGUUCCCUUAAAAAUCACAACGAAAUCUAUAUAGCAGAGAAGCCCUAGUCAGGUAACCUUAAAUUUAAGCAUAAUUUUCAAGAAGAACCUACCGCUAUUACUGAAGAGAAAAGUUUUCGAUCAGUGUGUGCUAGUCAAAUCUAAUAUUUCUUAACCUUUUAUUUUUCUUUUCA